AUGCUUGGCUCUACACUCGCUCUAGCCAUUGGCUUCUUUUGUGUCCAAAACACAUUCGCUCGUCCAAUUAAGGGAAUCGAGAGAGCAACGAUUGAAGAUGAGUAUGAUUUCAUCAUCGCUGGAGGCGGAACCGCAGGUCUUGUAGUGGCCAACAGACUUACCGAGUCUGGCAAAUUUCGCGUCCUUGUCCUUGAAGCCGGCCCAGAUCCCAAUGUCGUUGCAGCUUACAAGCCAUUGGGUGGAUCGCCAAUUGAUUGGAGAUUCGAUACAGCGCCACAAAAAGGCCUUGAUGGAAGGAUUCUCACCUACCACCGCGGAAAGGGUCUUGGUGGAAGUAGCAUGAUAAAUGGCUUCUACUAUGGUCGCGGUACAUCUACAGUCUACGAUCUUUGGGAAGCGAGAGGAAACCCUGGGUGGUCAUGGGACGAUGUUUACCCUCUAUUCAUCAAGGGCACCCAUUUUAACCCACAAAAUGAAUCGAAGGGUUUUGACGACACUUACAAAACCUACAACAGCUCAGCCUAUAGCGACGGACCUCUCGAAAUUGCUCAUCAAGGUUACGUCCCAGAAACAAGUAUCGCCUUUAUGAAUGCCUGUGAAGCCGCAAACAUUCCCAUCGUUGAAGACUACAACACCGGAAACAGCACAGGCGUGAAACAAGGGACAGCCACGCUUGACAAGAACCUUCUUCGCAGCUCUAGUUACGAUGGAUAUCUGAAGCAAGCUCUUGAUAGGAAGAACCUUGAUGUUCUUUACUAUGCGCCUGUGCAGCAGCUUCUGUCGAACACUGAAGGCGACAAACCAAAGGUUACAGGGGUGAGAUUUAUGGAUCACCCUACAGGGAGGACGCAUCAAGUUCACGCUUCGAAAGAAGUUAUUGUUGCCAUGGGUGCUUUUCAAUCACCACAGCUUUUGAUGGUUUCGGGAUUUGGUCCUUCUUCUGAGUUGGAGAAAUUCGCCAUUGAACCCGUGCUGAUUAACGAGAACAUUGGUCGAAACUUGAAUGAUCACAGCGUCUUUAGUAUCAUGGCAAGAGUAGAAGACGACAUCCAGUUCUCAUCCUCUCAAUUGUCAGCGGACUAUAGCUUACUAGAAGCAGCUCAAGAAGAGUUCUACAACAAUGGAACCGGUCCAUACACAGCCCCGACGGGUAUCACUAACGGCUUCCAAAGACUUUCCGAACAGGAACUGUUCGAGAUCGGUGCAGGCGCAGUGGUAGAAGCUGGUCUUGCCGACCAAUCUCAUAUCGAGUAUCUUUUCGAGUCGACAUGGUAUCCUGCUGGACCGACGCCAUACUACAAGCAACUUCCCAAUGAGUCAUACAUCUCUUUGACGGCGAGUAGUAUGGUCGCUCUAUCGCGAGGUAACAUCACGCUGAAGGGUACUUCGAUGAUGAUGGCUCCCGAGAUUAACCCUAAUUACUAUACCAAUGAUGCAGAUCGUGCAAUCGCAAUUCGAAGUUUCCACUAUCUUCGCAAGAUUUUAGCUCAUCCCGCUCUGUCGCGAUAUACCUACGGCGCCAACAACGGCGAAGUCAGCCCUGGUGCAGCAGUAGAUGACGAUGACGAAGACGCGAUUUUUGACUAUGUAAAGGCCAAUACUAUUCCGAAUUGGCACGCUUCUGGCACGAAUCAGAUGCUUCCCGAGGCUGAUGGAGGUGUCGUGGAUCCACGCCUCAAGGUAUAUGGCGUCGAUGGUCUGCGAAUCGUUGACUGUAGUAUUAUUCCUGUUUUGCCGGAUGUCAAUAUUGUUGGCCCUGUUUUCAUGAUCGGUGAGAAGGGUGCGGAGUUGAUUCGUCAGGAUUGGGAUGACUCGGGGAUUUAG